AUGAGGCUCAGCUUGAGUUCCAGGGAAUUUCUGUUCUCCCUCCUUGCUAUUGCGCUUCUUAACAGCCUUGUGCAAGCGCAUGCGAUUAGCAAGAGGGGCUCGGUGACUGUUAACGCCAAACCAGACACGCCAGAACCCGAUCCAGCCCAUAAUGGAGAUAAUGGAGACGCCCACCCCUCAAAUGAUUCAGUCAGCGAGUCUCCAUCAACACUCGAGAAGAGGGUCUUCAGUGAACCCGCUCCAGGGGAUUCCUUUAACUGGUUUCGCGAUAAACUUCGAGACGCCACACUCCUCCCUCUUUCCCUUGAAGACAGUUCGCCCUCGACAGCAAAGCUGUGGCCCGUCCCCCGCUCGAAACACAAUUUUGGCGUCGUGAAUCUGUCCGGCUGUACCGUUGUCAUCAUCACAUCUCGAUAUGCUCUCUAUAUGGGGCACUUUUGGGAAAGACCCACGUUCGAAGAAAAAACCGGCCAGGUGGAUCGAAGAGGAAAGCCAAUUUAUGCUUUCAACGAGCGUCGGUUCAACAGAGAGGUCCUUGAUGUCCUUGCCCACGGGGUCAACAUGGCGGGAGAGGGACGUACCCGCGGAAUCCGAACCUCCUACUUUACAAGGAGUGAUGCGGAUACUCGCGUGGCGAUAUACACCGCCCCUGCGGACGACGGCCGUGGUUUGCAAUUUCCAGACCAGAUCAAUAAAGUCAAGGAUGAAAUCUACGACCUACUUCCAGGCCUGUCUCAUGGAAUUACAACCAGGACAUAUAAACGCGCAGGCAUGGAUCGCCUGAUCAGUCUUUUGGAUAACCAUGUCGACAAUAUCGCGUUCACCGAGGGCAAGAUUUUGGUUCGAUUUGACCCAGACUAUUACGGGCCUGGUCCCUGCUAUGAUGUUGUACCCGCGUUUCAAAUCAUCAAGGGUGAGAAAAUUCGGAAACCGGCCACGGUCUUGAUCGCCUCCUAA